AUGUUGCGCCGCAAGCCGUCCAACGCCAGCGAGAAGGACCCAACCCAAAAGAGGAAGCUCUGUCUGCAGCGGUCCAGCAGUUUCAAGGACUUUGCCAAGACCAAGCCGAGCUCGCCCAUUACUAGCGAGAAGGAGUUCAGCCUGGAGGAGGAGAUCUCAGAAGGCAGCCCUACAAACGCUCUGCCCAGUCCAGAUGACACCGGGCGAAGCAGCAGCUUGAAGCUGGGCAGGAGGUGGAAAGCUGCCAUCUCCCGCACCAUGAACCGGAAGACUGGCAAGGCAGCGGCCAAAGCCCUGGCUGAACAGGGGGAGGCUGAGGAGGAGACAGCUGCGUCUCUCCUGAACAGUCCUAUGGAGAAAGAAGCCCUCGUCUUCCCGGAACCAACAGAGCUUCACUCCCCCAGCAGUCCUCGGAGCCUGAGCGGCAGCGAAUUGUUUGACCCCAAACUGAUGGGAAACAGCAGCAGCAGGAAGAAGACGGAAGAGGACAGCCCCACACCAUACAGCGGCCCUUUCUGUGGCAAAGCCAGAGUUCACACGGACUUUAUCCCCAGCCCCUACGACAAAGACUCGCUGAAACUUCAGAAAGGGGAUGUCAUCCGCAUCAUUGCCAAGCCCCCCGUAGGCACAUGGACGGGCCUCCUGAACAACAAGAUGGGCUCUUUCAAGUUCAUUUACGUGGAUGUGAUCCCGGAUGAUCCCGUGCCGGUUCUGAGGAGCUAUUCACGAAGCAGAAGCAAGAGGCCUAAACCCAAGACCCUGGAGGAACUGUUGGAGCGCAUGAACCUGCAGGAGCAUGCCUCCACAUUGCUGUUGAAUGGCUACCAGACCCUGGAGGACUUCAAGGAGUUGCAGGAGACUGACCUAAAUGAGCUGAACAUCACCGACCCCCAGCACCGCGCCAAACUACUUACGGCAGCAGACCUGCUGCUCGAUUAUGAUACCAGCAGUGACGCUGAAGAAGAGGGAGGGAACUCAGAGCCUCAACUGGCGCCAGAAGAGCCAAAGGGGGACAUCCCUUGGGAUUCCGGUUGUUUUGAAGGGGCGGAGACACUGGACAGCAUGCAGGAGGACUCCAAGUUACAGGAAGGACUGCGGCCUCUCUCGUUGGCCGGGUCAUCCUGA